AUGUGGUGGUUGCUCGCCGUCGCGCGCGACGCGCGCGCAGCCGACCUCAACUCUUCCGUAUUCCUGGAGGUCGGCCCAUACUCGCCAAUGGCGAGUCUGGAUACGCUCUCUUUCAAAGAGAAUCCGUACACUGGGCUCUUCGACCGACAAAAGUUGAACGUGCCAGUGACGAUCAACUCGACCUUCGUUGGCACGGCCUUCGAGCUCAGCGGGGCUUUGACUCUUCCGAUUUGGAGUCCCGACAUCAAUACUGCGCUGGCGACGACCACGUCGGGAGGGUAUAGCAAUGCCACGGGCGUGCAGAAUGCGUCAGCGGAUGGAGUCAUCGUCGCCAUGUCUGGCCUCGACCUCGGCCUUCACGACUUCACGACCACCCUCACCGAAACGGUCAACUGCACCUUUCGGGCACUUCGCUUCCAAGUCCCCUUCCUCUCACAGGCGAGGACUGCCAAGCAAGCACUUCACGCUCCGCAACUUCUCGUCAUCGGAGUAUUUGUCCAAAUCGCGGGCACAGCGAGAGUCCGAGAAGCAGGGUGGCAUGUCCUGGCCAUACAGCGUGCCCGACAACACGACCCUCCUCAACAUCACCGGGCCGAUUAUGAGCUACUGCUCGUGCUAUGCGGCCGUCAAUCCGCGCCCAGCCUGGUGGAGCAAACUCCCGUCCUUUCGGGCAGGCGUCCGUCUAUCGCCAGGCGACGAGACCUUCUUCGUCCUACCUCUCGACCCAACCGUCAACUCUCGACAAGUACUCCAACUGUGGCAUCACGGGGGUCACUUCCUACUCGUUCUUCUGGUAGGUAUCGGCGAGGCGAAGCUUACACCAGGAAACCAAACGUGACGGAACCGCAAGGCACAGACCCAGAAUCCCAGGCCGACGCCGCAUCCGGCAAACCAAAGUCUGCUCCGGUCGGAGCCAUUGUCGGAGGGGUAGUCGGAGGGGUUGUAGGACUGCUGCUGUUCUUGGCAGCUGUGUGGUGGUGGCGGCGACGGCGGAGAAGCGGUUCCGAUGACGCGAGCCUGAUCGACGACACCAAGCUCGCCUCCGAGCCCGAGUCUGCUUCAGAUCGCGACACCAAGGUACCUCCGCCCCCAAGCUGGCAAGACAGUGGCUCAAUCGAUGGCGUGUCUCCUUCUGACCAUCUCUCCGACCAGGCAACCUCGAUCAUGCCUGCCUUGGGUUCCGAGAUUGGCACCCAUUCGGGCUCAUCGGCGUCCAAGCUAUUGCCUCCCGAGGCUCCUCCGUCGAAACUUGGCGAUAGGGCGCUAGAGCACAAGGUCGAGUUGCUACACCAUAUUGAUCAUUCCAGAGUGGGAGACCGCUCACUGGAGCACAAAGCGGCGUUCCUUCCUCAGGACGAGCCAGGACCGUCGCAGCAAAGGUCCCUACCUCGACCGCCGUUGGUUCAGUACGAGCAGGAUGCCGAGGAUGUGCCAUCAGAGCCACUGAUCUUCCCUCCUCGGUACAAGGAGGCGUGGGGCGAGCGACGUGAACAGUCUGCUGCUGGAAACCAUAUUGUUGACCGAGAGUCUGUACUGAGGGCUGAUGAUGGUGGCAGCGGGAGACCGCCCGCAUAG